UUCUCAUCUUUUUUGGUUACUCGUCGAAACUAAAGAUGGCAAUAAUGCUUUUCCUCUUAUCACUCCCACUUCUUAUGAUCCUCAUUUCUUUCAUUCACAAAUAUUACAAGAAAAAUGCCAGAAAAAUCCCACCAGGUCCACCGGGUCUACCUUUCAUUGGAAACUUGCUCCAAAUCAAUGCUUCAAAAACCCAUGAAUCCCUCUCAGAACUCUCCAAAAUAUAUGGACCUGAACUCAUGUCCUUGAAGUUUGGUUCAGUGUCGGUAGUAAUCAUUUCCUCAGCAAGAAUGGCCCGGGAAGCCUUAACAACCCAUGAUAUGGUAUUUUCAGGCCGGCCGGCGUCGGCCGGCCGGCGAAAACUAUCCUACAACAGGAAAGACAUUGCAUUCUCACCUUAUAGUGAUUAUUGGAGAGAGAUGAGGAAAAUUUGUGUUCUUAAGCUCUUUAGCCAAAAAAGGGUACAAUCUUUUCUCCCGGUUCGGGUGGAUGAGGUUUCCAGCAUGAUGAUGAAAAUAUCAACCCUUUCUUCUUCUUCUCAGCUAGUUAACUUAAGGACACUCAUAAUGUCUUUUACAAGUAAUGUGAUUUGUAGGGUUGCAUUUGGGAAAAGGUAUGAAGAGGAAGGGCACCUAAAAAGGCGAUUCGAUCAACUUUUGCAAGAAUCACAAGCGAUGAUUGGAGGGUUUUUCGUGUCGGAUUACAUUCCUUGUUUGAGUUGGAUGGAUAGAGUUUCUGGAAUGGUUGGUCGUUUGGAGAAGAACUUCAAUGAGUUGGAUUUGUUCUUCCGGGAGUUAAUAGAUGAGCAUCUUAGCCCAAAUAGGCCUGAUUCCAUGAAGGAUGACUUGCUUGACCUAUUGAUUCAGCUCAAACAUGAAGAAUCAUCGUCUCUUUGUCUUACUUGGGAACACAUAAAGGCAAUCCUCAUGGAUAUAUUUGUCGCUGGAACGGACACAGCUGCAGCAUCAAUUCUUUGGGCUAUGACAAUCCUCAUGAAGAAUCCAGAGACACUGAAGAAAGUGCAAGCUGAAUUGAGAGAUUUGGUCGGAAACAAAAGAGUAGUUGAUGAAGAUGAUCUCGGGGAGCUUCCUUAUUUAAAAGCAGUGAUUAAAGAAACUCUACGACUUUAUCCUCCCGCACCAAUUCUAGGUCCGAGAGAAACCACACAAUCUUGCACCAUCGACGGCUAUGACAUUGAAAACAAAAGCCUAGUCUUAGUUAAUGCUUGGGCAAUCGGCAGAGAUCCAACGUACUGGAAAAACCCAGAUGAUUUCAUUCCUGAAAGGUUUAUAAAUAGUAAAGUUGAUGUGAAAGGACACGAUUUUGGACUUAUUCCAUUUGGAGCGGGACGAAGAGGUUGCCCUGGAAUCUCUUUAGGAAUGGCCACUGUGGAGCUUGCACUUGCCAAUCUUUUGUGUUGUUUCGACUGGGAAUUGCCAAAUGGGAUCACUUGUAAAGACAUUGAUAUGGACGUUAUGCCUGGACUUACCAUGUAUCCCAAGAGUGAUCUUUCUCUACUGGCGAAAAUAUAUGCAUAAGGGGCACACUUUUCCAAAGCAAAAAAUUAGUCCGGUGUUGGCCAAGUUGGAAAAACUAACGAUUGUGUUCGGGUUAAUUAGUAUACGUUUUCAGUUUCGCCAGAAACUGAGAAUGUAUUUAUUGGUCUACUACAUUAGCUAUGGUUCAUGACUAGUCAAACCGUUACUCACAAUAUUAUUAAGAUAGGGUAUUUCGUAAUGUAUUGGUUUAUGUGUGUAAAACUAUAUAUACUACCUUUGUACCAAUAAAGUGAGAGUAUAUGAACUACAAUGCAAUAUAUAUUCUUAUCAAAUGAAGGAUUUUAUAGUCGUAUAAUAUCUAAGGUUUUUUGCUAGUACGAUUUACAUGUAAAGAAGCUCAUUUGAUAAUGAGAUUCAGUCUAGUGGUAACCUUCUUUGUUUUCAAUAGGUCACUGGUUCAAGUCACG